CUGAGAACAUGAUUCGGCUCCUGGUGAGGAGUCUACGGGUGCGGGUGUUGUACCGGAAAGCUCAGAAGACAAGGGGCACACGGCACACGGUUUUGCCGACAUGUUGAGCUUGUACUGUAACCAGGAUCCGAUUUUUCUAACGUCUUUGCUUUGUUUAGGCUGAAGAUUUUCUGUGGCUCCUACGCAUCCCCACUGUUUUUUCUCCGCUUCAGGGGCUACUGCUUGAAACUGCGAUAACCGCUGGUAGUGAGUGAGAGUGCGUCUGCAUCGGCUGUACGACAACAACCAUUAUUGCAAGGCCAGGUCCUGUACAGAGAGACCCAUCCAGACAUCAGCAGAGAAGCAGAAUACACGAAAUAAAACGCUAUGCCUGCCGGGAAUGUAUCUGUGAGCAAGCAAGGGAAGGGCGGCGCCGAAGUGGGACACCAGGACGAUAAGGGCCUGUACAUGGACAGCGAAGGCGGUCAGGCCCCGAAACACGGAGCCGGCGUUUUUGCAAAGCCGGAGGCUCUGGGGAACGCCGAGACCAACAACUCGCCCUACAUGAUGAAUGCUCCUUCCAAGUCGCCAACGCAUCUGCACACGCAGCCUCAGCCGCAGAGUAUGAACAACCAUAACCACAACCACAAUUUGAAUCAUAAUAGCGAUGGGCAUGGACACGGACGUGGAAACAGCGUGAUUACGCCGUCUGCUCUUCCGUUUGACUUAUCGAACUGGGAAGACGCUCCGGACCUCAACUUCUUGUUGGAUUCGCAAAACGCAUCCGUUGAGUCUCCUAACCUCUCCAGUGCAUUGUCGCCAAUGAACAAUAUAAAUACCCCCCACAAUGCCGCUCUCGGCUCGUUUAAUGGGCUCAGCCAACUCAAUAAUCUGAACUUCAGAGGCCUUGCCUCUAAACAAGCCAACGAGACCAUGGCUAAUCUGCCCUCCAACCCGAACUCCGGAUCCUCCCAGAAUGCAGCAACAGGCCGAAAUCCAAGCACCAAUCAAACGUCUUCGACUCCAGUCGAUUACGCCAUGCAGUUGCAGCACUACCAGAACUUGCUUUUGGAGACACAGAGCCUACUGAACAUGAAACAACUUCAGCAGAAAUCCCCAGCCUCCAUGGAUCAGUCUAGUACAUUCAGCAAGGCCCACAACACAUUGCAGCAGACUUUACAGCAACACCAGAAACACCAGGACCAACAUUCAUCCCAAGCAUCAACACAGGCCCAAGGACAAAGUAAAGGCCAGGGUCAAAACCAAAGUCAAAGCCAAAAACAUAAUGCUGCUGCAUUGCUCUCUGCAAAUCAGCUAGAUCCAAAUAACUUUCAGAACUUUGUACCCAAUUUUAAUGCAAACUCACAGGCACUACUACAGCAACAGAUCUUACAGCUGGCACAAAUGUCAAAUAACAAACUAUUCAGUGCACCAUUCAACCCCUCUCUUGCUGCCGCAGCAGCAGCGGCAGGCCUGCCGACCGGUAUGCAAAAUGUGCCAGUUUCUUCUCUGCCUCAAGAAAGUAUGGCUUUACCGUCAUAUUUGACAAAUUCAUUAAUAGCAUUAUCAACUCCGGCAAUACCAGUGCCUUCACCAUUAUCUCAAAACGCAACAGGCUUGCCAAGUAAUGAAAUUAACAACAACAAUAACAUAUCGAACCUUUCGAUUAAUCCAGCCACUGGAAAGCCAACAAGUAGUACUAUCAGCAGCUCCCCGACUGAGUUCUUGAAACGAAAAGCUGAUAUGCCUCAACCUCGCACAAAGGUGCGGCCUUGUGACCAUUGCCGUCGAAGGAAAACCAAAUGUGUCAUGUUUGCUGAGCUUCAUUCUUGCAAGGCGUGUCAGCAAAAGGGUAUAAAAUGCACGUUCAAUGAAGCAUCAACUAUCAAGCGUUCAAUGUCGUCGUCCGAUCAAGACAACAAGAGAAUGAAAUUUGAAGAUCCAACUAUCGAACCUCCACCUAAUAUCCCGGUUCGAGACACCCACCCAAUCAAAGACUAUUCAACAAUGCAGGGACACUCGUUGUUGAAGAAAACUUUGAGUCUACAGUUUCCGAGGUCUUCAUUCUAUGUGGGUCCAACCUCAAUUUAUGACCCAUUGUUCCUUGAUGAGAUCUCGCUGGAUAAAAUAGAUCAAUUUCAGAUCAAUAAAUCUAACUCUAUAAGAAAGGUGGCUAACUCGAUUCAAUUUUUACUUCGUGAUGAUUUCAGUGAAUUGUUGUACGAACAAUCAGAACGCGAAUCAGACACUGUUGAAAAAUAUGUUGCCCCCAACGGCCACAUUUUGAUCGACCUUUAUUUUAGGACAGUUCAUCCAUCGUUUCCAGUUCUACAUAAGAAAAUAUUCUUAGAGAAGUAUGCUCGUACUCAUCGUGAAUUUGGGGCCUCCAUUCUUGCGGCUGUGUACAUUUUAGCUAUCCAAUGGUGGGAUUAUGAACCACGUUUGGCAAACCUGCCAAAGCCUGAUGUCACUUCUCUAUUACGAUUUGCAAUGCGUACUUUCAUCGAUGUCACAAGAAGGCCUAAGUUGAGUGGAGUCCAGGCUGGUUUACUUUUGUUGCAGUGUCAAUCAUUAAAUGUCAGCCCAGCCAACAACACUGCAAAUGAAUUGGGCAGCGAAAAGGUAUCCGUUAAGUCAGAGGAUAAAGAAAAAAUCAAGGCCAAGGGUAAGAAUAAAGCUCUUGAGAAAGAGAUCGAAAAUCAAAUACAGAUGUCACAGCAAAAUAACUGGUUGUUAUGUACACAAGUUGUUGGCCUAGCUGAAGAGUUAGGUUUGGGGUUGGAUUGUUCCACAUGGAGGUUGCCUAAAUGGGAAAGAGGUCUUCGUCGUAGGCUUGCGUGGGCAGUCUACAUUCAGGAUAAGUGGUCUUCUUUGGUUGAAUCCAGACCCUCUCAUAUUCAAGAAAACACCAAUUGGAUAGUUAAGCCUUUGACUGAUGAAGACUUUCCAGAAAGAAAUUCUAGCUUUAAUGAAUCUGUGGAAAAGGGUAACGAUGGCGAGCAAGCAACUGAAGGUUAUACAUAUGUUGAUGUUGAACUUGGUAAAGAGUCUUUCAAACAGACAGUUUCGCUCUCUUUAAUAUUGAGUGAGAUUCAGUUUACUUUAUAUACUCCUCGUGCAAUGGAAGACAUUAAACAAAUUGAUGAACUUUUAAAAUUGGCUAAGCCACUGCAGUUGAAAUUAAGACAAUGGUAUCACUCUUUGCCAAAAACGCUUCAAAUGGGUUCAACCAGCCCUAAACAAUUCAAUGCUAAUGGAAAUCUUCAGCUUUCAUAUUUUGCAACAGAGAUAACGCUACACAGACGAAUCAUCUCUAUUCUGUAUAAUCAGAUGUUGAUGUCUCAAAAUAGCCAAGGAAAUUCCGAUUCUCAGUCACCUAACAGUCCAGUAUUAUCCUCAAGUGCAGCAGAAUCUAAUUCUUCGACAACAAACGGUGGCUCGACAAAUAUUCCUGCUCCACCUGCACAGUUAGUUUUUGUUUGCCGUAAUGCAGCUAAAACUCGUUUAACUGCUUCCAUUGAGUUUGUUAGAGAAUUAAGAACCGAACAUUUGCACUCUUUUUGGCAUAGCAGCGCUCCCCGAAACUUUGCUCUGAUUGGUAUAUUUGCUGCUCUGCUCUAUGUUACAAGCUCAGAUGCCGACGAAGCUUCAGCCUACCGUGAGUAUAUAAUGGACUACAGAUGGAUCCUCAAAUUGAAUUCACCUGAUUUUGUCAUUGCGAAAAAUGCUUUGGAGUUGAUUGAUGGAGUAGUAAGGAAUAUUCCAGGGUUAUGGAAUGAGUAUGACGGUGUAAGUAUUGACCAUAUGAGCAAUAUUGGUGGUCCGGGUGGCGAUAGUGGUGGGCUUGAUCCGAACAUGUCCUCCACUCUGAACAACUCGGAAGACCCUAACAACGACCAUACUAGAACUAAUAGUAGCAGACCUAAAAACACUGAUUCUAAGGGAAAUAAAAGCAACAGUAACGGAAAUGGUGUAUCAGAUGCAGAGAUCAACACAUCUAACUCUGCAUUCAAAGCAAGCCAGGCCAGUUUGGUUGCGGUUAGUAAUAAUACCAGUAUCAAUAAUGCAACAAAGGGCCCCGCUAGUUACAAUUACGAUUUGUCCACUGCUAUUAGCCCUAGAACUAUUAUAAGUCCAACGCGAAGUAACAGUGACGUUUCUAAGGUAAGAGGAUACAAAAACAAAACAUCUAACUCAAACACCCCAGUUAGUGCAUCAUUUCCUCCGUCACCCUUACAAAAUGGAAACACUGAAAAUAAAAAUGCGAAACUCAUUUCUAGAUCCAAAUCUAAGUCUCCCAUUCUGCUGAUGAGCCAACAAAGGGUUUCAAACUCUUCUGGCACCCCGGUUUUGAGCAACACUGAAAUUUCCUCAAGCAAUGUUCUUCAAACACCAACAGCUACUGAUACCUCUACCCCAACUUUGAUGUCGCAAACUCGGAUUUCAACUCCUACACGUAGUACUGCCUCAUUUUCACAACAGACACGCAAUUCUGGAAAUACAGAUUCAGCAUCCAUUGAUGGCAGAAGUGAUAUCAAUGAGGAUAAGGCAAUGUCAAAGGAUGAUGAAGAGAGUACCAGUGCAGACGGCAACGUGGAGGAGAACAACCAAGCAGUUAAAAAAAAAGUAGAAAAACUUUUCAAAUAUGAUGGUCAGCAAAGCAUACUAAACAUGACUACAGCACUUGGUAUUACUAAGGAUAAUAAUGGCGGGAUGGGACCUAUUGGUAAGUUGAAGCCAGUAAGCUACAAUGGGAGCAUGAAUUUUGAAGGUACAAAUAAAAAAGCAUCACCCGAAGCAGUAAAAAGAGGUGAGCAGCAGACAGGAAUGAGUCUUGACAUGCUCAAUCAUGUUCAAAAAUUACUAGGUUUGGGUAAUGAGAAUGGAACCCACUGAGCUUCGUUGCUGCACUGAUGCAUCAUAGUAAUGUAUAGUUGAUCAUGAAUAUGAUAUGUCAAAUCUAAACAUGUACAAUAAAUUUAGUAUUAGUAUUUUUUCAC